GAUUAAAACGAACCCAUAUAUACAUAAGUAUUUUAAAAUCAAAGAUUUGAUUCCAAUAGUUCGAUAAAAGAUGGCUAAUUUUUAAUAAUUAUUCAUAUUCGAAUUAUUUAACUAAAUUUAAUAUUUGCGAACAAACAUAUAUUUUCAUGAAUGGUGAUGGCGAAUAACAUUGAGAAAGCUAGAGUGCUUAUAGUAGGAGAUUCAGGAGUCGGAAAAACAUGUUUAACACACUUGAUAGCACAUAGUGAACCGUUAACCCGUCCAGGAUGGACUGUCGGAUGCAAUAUAGAAGUCAAGCUUCACGAAUAUAAGGAGGGGACCCCUCUUCAAAAAACGUAUUUUAUUGAACUGUUUGAUGUUGGUGGGUCCUUAAGCCAUAGAAAUACGAGAGGUGUGUUUUAUACAACUUUACAUGGAAUUAUUCUAGUUCAUGACUUAACAAAUCGUAAAAGUCAAGAGAAUUUACGGGAUUGGCUUUUUGAAAUCCUUAAUAAAAAUGGAAAAGAUAUUAGGAAUUUAAGUUGCGACAAUACAUUUGAUCCAGAGCAAUUUUUAGGAUCGACACAACUUCCCAUGCUAGUAGUUGGUGCAAAGCUAGACCUUUCAGAGGAAAAACGGAAAUCAAACCAACUUCAAAAAAUUGGUUCGAUCGCUGAGCAUUGUGGCUCGGAAGAAAUAUGGUUAAAUUGUAGAGAUUCUCGUAGUUUUGCUGCAGGAACAACUGAUGCCGUAAAACUAUCUCGUUUUUUCGACCGUGUAAUUGAGAAAAAAAAUCAUUCUCGCGACCUGCCCAAUGCAUCCUCAGAUAGAAGAAAACAUGCAAGUGCAGAAGUUGGGAAUAGAAUAAGCUCGCAAUUUACUUGAUUAAAAAAUACCAAGAAUAAAAGGAGACACUAUUUUGAAAAUGUAUUGUAUGUAUACUUAUGUAAGAGGUUACCUUUAUCAUAUCCUUAAUAAAAAGUACUUUAGAAUGGAGUA